UUUAUUUAUUUUUUUUUUUUUAAAUACCAUCUUUGUUUUGGGUUUUUCUUUAAUCAAAACUUUGAUAUUGUGGUUUUACUUAUUCAGUUUUGUGUUUAAUUUCAAGAAUUUCUGCUUAUAUACGUACGAAUUAUUGUUUUCUUUGUUCAUUCAGUCCAAAUAAUAUAUGUUAUAUAUGUCAACUGUAGAGACUUCAAUUCAUACAACACAAGAAGAUUUCGUCCAAGUUAAGUUUUCUUAUGAAAGUUUGUAAUCCAAGUUGAUAGUACAUAUAAACUGUAAAUUGAUACGUUUGAAGAGCCAUGAAUAAGACUCAGUUGGGAUCCAUCAGCAGUUCUGAUCUCAUUGAUUCGAAGCUUGAGGAUCAUCAAUUAUGUGGAUCCAAGCAGUGUCCAGGUUGCGGACAAAAGCUCGAAGGGAAACCAGAUUGGGUAGGUCUACCAGCUGGAGUAAAAUUUGAUCCAACAGACCAAGAAUUGAUAGAACACCUUGAAGCAAAAGUAGAUAACAAAGAAUCAAAAUCUCAUCCAUUGAUUGAUGAGUUCAUCCCUACAAUUGAAGGUGAUGAUGGGAUUUGCUAUACUCACCCAGAAAAGCUUCCAGGAGUAACAAGGGAUGGAUUAAGUCGGCAUUUCUUCCACAGACCAUCAAAGGCUUACACCACCGGUACGAGAAAAAGGCGAAAAAUUCAAACCGAAUGCGACUUGCAGGGUGGAGAAACCCGAUGGCACAAGACAGGCAAAACCAGGCCAGUCAUGGUUAACGGAAAGCAAAAGGGAUGCAAGAAAAUUUUGGUUUUAUAUACAAAUUUUGGGAAAAAUAGAAAACCUGAAAAAACAAAUUGGGUAAUGCAUCAAUACCACAUAGGCCAAAAUGAAGAAGAAAAAGAAGGUGAACUUGUGGUUUCCAAGAUAUUUUAUCAGACUCAACCAAGGCAGUGCAAUUUGUUGGAAAAGAAUAGCACGAAUAAUGCCGUCGAAUUAGCAACGAGCAGUGAUCCAAAUAGAGAUACUGGCAGUACUGGUAUCCUCUCGUCUAAGGAAAUAAUCCCUCCUACAGAUGAAUUUCGGAGUAGCCACGGUGGUGGUGGUGGUGGCAGUGUCGCCGGCAGCUCUCCUAUGUCUAGCUAUGGUGACUAUUUCAGCUUCCUUCCAUUUAGAAAACCCUUUGAUGAGGCUGGUAUUGGGGAAACUUCAACUGCAAGGGAAGUUUCAGCACCAGGCACGUGCGAUGAGCAUCAAAUGCCACCACCUCACGUGACCCAUGAGGCUCAGCAACACCAGAUUGCAACCACAACAUUCCAAACCAGCAGUCCUCUCUCUAUAUCUACCAUAAUUUCUCCACCACCUCUUUAUCAUCACGCCUCUAUCAUUCUUGAUGAGGACUCCUUCCAUGUCCCUAGAAUGAUUCUCCAUAAUCAAAAUUUCCAGCAGCAACAUCAUAAACUCGAAAGAAGAUCUGCAUCAGGAUUGGAGGAAGUCGUUAUGGGCUGCACUUCAUCUGAUCAUAUCAAGGAAGAGUCAUCCAUUACAAAUCCACAAGAAGCAGAAUGGUUGAAGUACUCCACAUUCUGGCAUGACCCUGACAACCCAGAUCAUCAUCGGUAGACGCAAAACAUAGAAGAUAGGAUGCAAAAAAUUCCCCACAGUCAAAAUCAUCAGUACUCGAAGAUUUCUACAAGUGCUAAUGGACCAUAUAUACACCUAGUUUUACCUUUUUCCAUCUAAUUUUCCUGUCAAUGCCUGGCUAAAGUUGCAAGCUCAACUGAGCUAACUGUGCAACUAUCCCAGUCAGAAAAACAAGAAAGAAAAGAAGACAAAAGGAUAGGCAACAAAGGGGAAAGAAAGAAACCAAGAAAAGCUGCUUUUUCUCAAAGAAAAUAAGACCCCAAAAGCAACGGGAUUUUCAAAAUUAUGAUUAUUGUUUCAUGUUAACGGUUAUUAUAAAUUAUUUUCUUCUUAUAGUAAUUUGUAUAGUUUGUUUCAUUAAUCUUUACCAGAUGAAAUUAAUUUAUAUAUAGACACACAUAAAUAUCUAUAUAUUACUCCUCCUUUGCUUGAAAGAAUUGGAGUAUAACUGAUAGUUUAUGAAUGUUUCAUACUUGUGGCUUUUCAUGAAUGUUUUCAUUUUUGUGAAGGGGGGAUUGUUGCCAAAGUCUAGGUCUGCUUCUUGGGAGCAACUGGUCGCCAGCUCAGAGUGAGGACUACUUUCCCCAGUGGAAGAAACUCUUUAAUGAGUUUCAAAAAUGAAGUCACUCCUUCGAAUUGUUAUGUUGUGGAAUGCUAGACUGAAACAAAUGGCAUAGAAUUACAAUAAAUCUGUAGAUUCUCAUAAGCAUCAUGGUCUCAAAUCUUAAUGCGAGAAAAAUUGAACCAUUCUCUUUUAUAUCACAUAUGGAAUUUCAUCAAC